AUAAACAUUAAACACAACAGAACAUCUCUAACUUCCUGUUCCCAUCUUCCCCUGUCUUUCCUCAACACCCUGUAAUGAACCCACCGUCACCCACUCCCUCCACCACCACCACCACCCCCGACUCGGUUAACUCAUCAUCGCGCACCAAAGCCGCCACCGAGUCAUUCGAUGACUCAUGCCAACUUGUCUCAGCCAAAACACCAACUAAACUAAGACUAAUGUGUAGCUUCAACGGCCAUAUCAUCCCACGGCCGCAUGACAAAUCGUUAUGUUACAUAGGAGGAGAUACCCGUAUAGUUGUCGUUGAUCGACACUCUUCGCUGUCGGAACUCACAAAUUAUUUGUCCAAAAUUUUGUUAAAUUCGAAGAAGCAAGGUUGCUUUACUCUCAAGUAUCAGCUCCCGAGUGAGGAUCUUGACUCUUUGAUUUCUGUUACUACUGAUGAAGAUCUUGAGAAUAUGGUAGAAGAAUAUGAUCGGCUUAGUGAUAAUUCAGCUGGGAAAUCGUCGCGGCUUAGGUUGUUUUUGUUUCCGGUGAAGCCUGAAUCAGGUUCUUCCAUAGGGUCUUUACUUGAGAAUUCGGAGGAGUGGUUCUUGAAUGCUUUGAAUGGGACUAAUGGUGGUGAAUUGUCGAAUUCGGACUCGGGAAAUUGCUUGUUGAGUCUUGAUGAUGACUUUUUGAUAGGAAACAAUUCGAAAGGUAACAAAAAUCAGGAUGUUCAAUCGAUGCCUAAUUCUCCUAUGUUGGACAGAGCUUCGUCGUUUGGUUCGGCUUCUUCUACCCCGAAAGCCUUGCCUCGGAUUAAGGUUAAAGUGGCGGAUGAUCAGCAACACAAGGUGGGAAUUGAGGAGCGGUUUGCUCAGAUGGGGGUGGAUAGAAAUGUUGAUCAGAAGUUGGAAGAUGGAGGUUUGAAGGUGGAGGUCGAAGUUGUUACAGUGAGUUCUGGACAGGUUGUUGGCGAUUAUUUGGCUCGGGACUUAUCUGAUGAUGAUUACAGGAGACAAAUUCAGCAACAACAGGCACAAUUAAUGGCUUCACAAUUGUACAAGAAUCAUGAUUUGGCUUCCCCUCAUGAUUCAGUUUCGAGUGAUGGUAGCAUAACAAACCCACUGCCUCGUCAAAAGCCUAUGAUGUAUCAAGACCCAAACAUUCAGUAUACGACGCUCCAGAGUAGGGUUUCUGUUGAGCAAAAUACCACUGAUCCAAGAAUUCAUCAAAUGCAACAAAGAUAUCAAGAUUUUGGGUAUUUGUUGCCUACCCAUUCUGAUCCACAACAUCAUCAAAUAUUGCAUCAGCAGCAGCCGCAGUUCAUAACUGCCGGUUCACAAUAUAUCCAACAACUUCCUGCAGGAGCAGUGACAAUGCCAUCUUACUACCCUGUAUAUCCUUCUCAGCAUCCACAACGUCCUCACAAUCCUGCACUUGAGCAGCAAUACCCGGUGUACUACGUGCCUGCUAGACAGACUCAAGCAUACAACAUGCCCGUGCACACGGAUUACAAUGAAACGACUCCCUCUGUUACAAUGGUUUCCCCUUCUUCUGGUCAAUAUAACAUUGUCAGAAACGCUACUGCCCCUGGACCUUACGCGCCCUCUAGUUUGCACAUAACAACAAAUGCUGCAGUUGUUCAGGUUCCUACUGGUCAACCUCAGCCACAAUACUUGGGCUUGUCACAAUCUCAUCAGCCUCAGUCAAUUGCUCCAACAUUAUCUCCCACUACAAGUUACGCAAAUAAAUUUGCUGAUCCUACACAAGCAAGUGCAUACUAUGGUCAGUCCCUGGCAUGCCAGAUGGCUGCUCCAUACCAAACUACGACCUCGGCUUCACCCGAAGCUGCUGCUCAACUUCCAGUAGACAGCACCAAGUUGCAAGACAGAACUUUGUAACUUAACAGGUAAGGUGAACCUGUGGAUUCUCUGUCCAGGGAAGUGUUUGGUCUGUCUUUCAAUACUCUGCUACUUUCAAUCUCCAACCAUUUGGUUUUGUUGUUCAUGUAUGUAAUAUUGAUAGGUAAUAAAACUUUGUUUUCUUUUACAUCAGUUGUAUAAUUGUUUCUCAUAUUCUUCAGUCUUGCAGAUUCAUUAUAAUGUGACUAAUGCAGCAAAUGCUUUGAAUCACUUGUUGCAUGUUUGUAUUUCAUGGUUACUGAAUACCGAGAUAUGUACUGAGGUCUUUUUGUUCAUCAAAGUUAAAAAUUGUGAGCUUACAUUAUCUA